AUGGUAGCUCACAUCGAUGGUUACAAAUCUGGUGGCGCUUUAACGUUGUUGGUAGCAACAGGUCACCGGAGCAACGACAAUAGUGAUAAUCGUCGGAGGUCGGUGGCUGUCGUCGACACUUUUAGGGGUUUAGAGAUGUUAGAUCUAAUCGCAUGGCUGUUCUCCUUCUUCAUCCUCUUAGCAGUCAUAGCGCUUGUUCUUUACCAGAUAAUGUGCUUUUUGGACUUAGAGACUGAUUAUAUAAACCCAUAUGAAUUAGCAACUAAGAUAAACAACAUUAUGUUGCCUGAGAUGAUUACUCAAGGAGGAUUAUGCUUUUUACAUCUUGUCACAAGGCAUUGGAUAAUGUUCCUAUUUUGCCUUCCAUAUUUAUCUUAUAAUGUUCAUCUGUACAUUCAUGGACGCCAUGUAGUGUAUGCAACAGAGGUUUUUAAUGAGCUUUCAAGUCAAAAGAAACAACGAAUAUUUAAACUUUGUUAUCUUGGUUUCCUUCUUUUCUUCUCUAUAUUUUGGAUGAUUUGGAGUAUUGUUGAUGAAGAUUAAGCAAUCGGCUCUCACAAUUGAGUAAAUUUGACUGCUAUGAGUAGAGGUUUUCACACGAACUACUCCAUCGUAUUUAGAUCUUAAAAGUCUCCAAGAACUUUUUUUUUUUUUUUUUUUUUUUUUGU